GUAGAAAAUCUCUUCUGAAUAUUUAAAUUAAUUUUUCUCAAGUUUGGAACUUGAAUAUCAAAUUUUUUACAGCUGUUAAAAUAUUAGAAAAUUGGUUAAAUUCUUCUUAUGCGUGGUGUGAGAGGGAGAAUCCAUUAAUUAUUCCAUUGUAAAAUCUGUCUUUAAAUCCAAUUGUGACCUUUAGAGUGUUUUAUUAAGUUUUGUGAUUUUUUUAAAAAGUGAGGUUAGGAUUUUGUGGUUUUCAAAAUGACUUGGAUUUCGCAUAAGAGAAAUUUUCUGACACCAACUCAGAGGCCAAGUUCUGCACCUCCUCUAAUUUCUGCAACUGAGGAUACAGACCUGGAUUUCGCGGUGCAAAAAUUAAUCUAUAUCGAGGACUCUGUCAGAAAAAUGAUAAAGGAGAUGAAAAAAUAUUUAUCGGCAAUCGGAAGUUUGGACGAAGCAGAUCAACAUCUCACGACAAAUUUAAUUAAUUACGACCUUGUCCACGUGAGCAAAGAUUUCCUUAAAAUAGUCGAGGACUAUCAUUCCGUGACGACUCAGGUUGGCAAGAGUGUUCAGGACCUGGUCCUCCAUUGUGAAAAAACUUUUAUCGAGCCCUUGAAAAAACUCCGUGACGAGUUUUCUGUGAUUUCGGUCGAAUUAGCAAAACGAGAAGAACUCGUAACGAACUGGAAAACUUGCUACUCGCGAAUGAAGAAAUUGCAGGAAAAAAAGGACAAAACAGCGCAUUACAUCGCUAAACUCGAAAGGGAACGCGACCUCGAAGAGUCGACUGCAAAAAAGCUAAAAAAUUUCCACUCCGAAUUACUUCAGGAACUCCAGACUUUUCUCAAUAAGAGACUCGAUUAUAUCAAACCUAGUGUACAUGCCUUAAUUAUGAUUCACCUCGAACAUUACGGAAGUACGACGAACACUUUCACACAUAUAAUGCCUUCGGAAUCAGUGAGUAGAACUAAAAUUUCGGACGAAGAGUUCCAGCAAUUAAUCUCGACGCAGGUUAAUCGAAUAAAAGGAUUAACGAUCGUUAAAGAUCAUUAAUGCGAAAUUAAGAAUAAUUAUUAAUUAAAUUUUUUCGAGGGGUUAAUUACUCCUGCAAUCUGGAUUACAUGCUCUGUAAUUUUAUGUAAUCCCACACACUCCUUUGCAAUCCUAUGCACUUUUUU